UCAAAAAAGCGAAACAAUCAUAGAACUUCUCGUUGCUGCAGAUGAGCUUGGAAUUCAAAGACUUAUUAAUUCUAUUCAAGAAUUUUUAAUCCAAAAUUGUCUCAAGUUCCUACAAUCUGAUUCCACAAAAAUACUUGACCUGGUUACAUGUCAUAAUGCAUUUGAUAAUGUUAAAGAAGUUUAUUUAGAGACCUUCAAUAAAAAUUACAAAGACUUAUUACGACGAAAUCCCAUAAAAAUACUUAAUUUUAUUAUUCGGCACGAAUCAUUUAACGAAUUUAUUAAAGUUGUUUUAGAAAUCAUUUGUGAAAAUCCAGAAUUUCUGUUUAAUUCAGACCAGUUCCCUUUAUUAGAAAAAGAUCAUUCAAUAUUUCAAAGUGACGUGACAAAAUUUACGCAAGAAGACUUUAAAACGUUAGGAAAGACAUUACAUGAAUUAGUUAGACUUGUCAGAUUUCAUCAGAUAGAUGGUGAAGAUUUCAUGAAUGAAGUAUGGCCAUUCAGACAAUUCAUUCCUGAUAAUCUAAUCGAGGAUUUAUUACAUUUUAGUUCAACUUGGGGAGAUGGUGGUAGUCACGACUUAUGCACUACAGGUGACAAUAAUAAUUAUUGGCAAA